AUGAGAUCAUUGGAUGGCAGGUUCAGCUACUUGAGUGCGCAUUCUUCGAGCAUAUUACCUAUCAAUCCUAUCUCUGUCAUGCCUAAUGGACCCUUUGCGAUGAUCACCUUCACAGAAGAUAAGCAAGAUCAAGUCUCUGAUAUGGGAAAGCUACUCUCCAAUUAUUCUACUUUAUUUAUUUUCGGCGUUACUCCCAGUAGUUGGUCUCGACGGAACCAUUUUGAUUUCCCUAUAUUAGUGGAUGAAUCUGGUAUCAUAGGUAAGAAGUUGAGGAUUCUCGAUCCUUUAGGUGGUGGUAUCUACCCUUUAAAUUGUCUCUUCAUUUUUGAUAGAUAUGGUGACGAAUUGAUAAAGAUAAGACUCGGUUAUGAUGAAGGAUUAUACUAUAACGAUAGAGAUAGAACCUUGGAGCUUGUUCUCAGACAGACUUGUCGUUAUGCAGAAUCAAUCUGA